GGUGUGUGUUAACUGAAUUAACUCAGCUAUGCUAUCUUCUUAUUUAAAUCUUAAUACUGUUCAGACUCUGUUGAUUGGAAGUGUUGUAUUACUUUGUUCGUCUGAGUUUAGACAAUGUUGACAAAUAGGACCAAGACAGCAGGCAACGGGGGAGGGGGGAGGCGUAUUAAAAUAAUCUGCGCCAGCAGGCAGUCCGAAACACCGAACUCAAGUCAGAGAAAGAGAAAGUGAAGAAAGCCCACAGCUAGGCCAAAACGAAGUAACGAUGAAAGAAGACGGAGCUGAAGCGCCACCUGAAAAUACGAUCGGGGGAGAUGGCCGAAAUUUCUUCCCUAGACUGACGAUGAAGUUUAGUUUUAUCCAGAAAAGGAAAGGUGACACCGGUGUCCGAAGAAGCACAUCGUCUGAAGGUGGUACUCAGACAGCUGCACCUCCUUUUGAGGAGAAUCUAUCCCAGCUGCGUCUAUGGGAGGCAGGCCAGCAGCUGAUCACCCGAGAGGAACAGCUGUUUGGUUCAACUGGAGAGAAGGAGGCUGAGCGGGAAACCAAGGAGGCUGCACUGCGCAAGCACUACAAGGCCCUGCUCCUUAAGGUCCAGGAGGUGGUGCGAGACACCCUGGAUUGCAAGACCACGGAGAGCUCCCUCAAGUCAGCAGUGAGUGCCAUUGUGGAGGAGGAGAAGCGAGAUGAGCGGUGGCAUAAGGCAAUGGAGGAUCAGAUUCCACCAUGGAGGCCACAGAGGUGGAGAAAGACCCACGAUCGUAUGCUGGAAGAGCUUGUGACUCUGCGGAUAAACCGGCUGGACAAUGUGCAGGUGGUGGAGAACCUGUCCUCCAGCCUGAAGAUGGACAUCUGCAAGAUGGGCAAACUGGUGAAAGAUGACCUGCUGAGGGUGGUGCAGAAUGUGAAGAACUGCUACCCAGAAGAGUUUGACGUAUGUAACCUGUACGCUAGGUUGUAUCACCAGGCUUUCUCUGAACGUCUGCAGGAUUUAGCCACGUCUCCCAUGGAAAUAGAGGACUGCACCUAUUUCAUCUCCUGGGUGUAUGAUCACUACCCAAACAAUGUAUUGGGGCACAAAAGCCUUCAAACAAGCAUAGACCUACAGGCACUUGGACCUCUACUGCCUGAAGAUGUGCUCCUGCCCUUGGAACAGCAGUACCUCUCCCAUGUUGAGAGCCAGCUAAGCACGUGGAUAUCCAAGGCCCUGACCAAUGAGAAUGCGGCAUGGAAAAAAAGAGAUUUGCCUGAAAAGGAGGACGGAUAUUAUACUACAGCCAUGACUUUUCUAGUCAUUAAGCUUGUUGAUGACUGCAUAAAGAAGGCAGGCACCAUUCUGGGAGACAAUGCGAAGGCUCAGAGGAUUGUGUGUCAGCUGGGGCCAUUUUUACAAAGCUAUAGGGAAUCCCUGAAGAAUCAAAUGAAAGUCAAACAGAUCAAUGUGAAACCGAUAGUAAAGGGCAGCUUAGCAGGCAUCUUCCAGCUCAGGGACUAUAUUGUGGUUUCCAUGGACCCCCAGCUUGCCGAUGUGAGGGUCAGGUACCUGAACAUAGUAAAUGACAUGGAGAAGCAGUGCUAUAAGUACCUGCUAAACAGCAUACAAAGUGACAUAAAGCCACAUUAUAGACAUCUGGGGACAGAAUCAUGGCUGAGUGAUGGCAGCAUGAUGGAGAAGCUGCUAAUGAAGAUUAGAGAAAAUGUGGAAGACCACAAGGACAUGAGGCCCAACUGCCUGCAGGCACUGGUAGCACACCUGCACCUGCAAAUGAUGGUGGAGUACGUGAGGAAGCUGAUGAAGAGGAAGCUGAGGCUGAAGUCGCGACAAGAAGAGGAAAGGCUGGUGGAGAGGCUGUGUGAGGAUAGCCAGUCCCUGAAUGACUUGUUCAGCCAGGAGGGCUCCAAGGAGGAGUGGCUGAGUUCUGUUCUCCUUGGAAUUGCUGAACUUCUGAAGCUGCAAGACCCAGAGGCCAUUAAGCUGGAGGUUGUCUCACUGGCUCAGAAGUAUCCAGACAUCAGAGAAGAGCAUGUCUGCGCCCUGCUGUACCUCAAGGCCAACCUGUCAAAGGACAACAUAGCAAACAUACAGAAGAACCUGGUGGAGAACCACAUCCCAUCUGUGCCCACAACUAGCCCACCCUUUUACUGUAUGGUGCAGGUCAACAGGAUCUUCAAGGUUGCUCACUCGAGAUCACAGAUCACAGCUAUAGGACUACCCAAAAUUCCCUUGCAAUUUUUAAUGCUCUUAGCCUAGCCUGUUGUACCCUCUAUUUUUGAAACAUUUGUUAUAUAUAAUGAUUUACAAGCAUAUGAGGUUAUGAUUUGUACACAUUAUAUUUCAGUUUGCUGUGUAGUCUUCUGAACCUGUCUCAUUGUUACUGUAUUUUAUUUAUUCAGUUACAUAUUGUAUAAAGCAUGGAUGUGUGUACUUGUAAAUUCUAACUCUGAUCUUCAGGUUGUGUACUUUAGGCGCUUACACUCAUGAAGUGCAAGUCCACAAACAUGCAAAAUUCCUGUGAGAUGUGCUAUACUUCAGAAAUAGCAGAACUGUAGUCAAGACCACCUUUGUCAAGUUCAAGACAAGCCCAGAACCAGGACUGAGUCAAGUCCAGAGAGGUUUGAGUCCAAGUCAAUACCAAACCCAAAUGAGAGAGACGAUCAAGACCGAGAAAGAAAAAAAUCCUCUUUUAUACCACUUACUUCACUGUUUAUAAUUUUUGUGUAAUACUUGAGACAGAGUAUAUCUUCUGUUUUAAGAUGAUCAUUCUGCAGUAUUUUUUUAAGAUCAAAAAGCAAUUGCAGUAUAACAGUACUGCAGGAUGAGCAUGGAUACAUCGUGGAGAUUUGGCAGGCAUAAAAUUGGUUACCAGCCGGUCUACCCAUUUUGGAUUUUGAAUUAAUUAAACUAAUGCUUGUUUUCUGAAUAAGUUUGCUUAAUCAAUGAUUUUGUUUGAAGGAGGAGUUGUUUGAGAAAAAAAUAUAUAAACAUUUUUAAAAGCAGUUGGACUUGGUUGAGAAUAAUAUUUGGUGAGACCUAUGGUUAAGAUUCAGACAAGUCCAAGGGCUAAUACCAAGAAGUCCAAAAUGAUAGAAAAAUGUCUUGAGACAGAACUUGAGUCUGACUACAACCCUGAAAAAUAGAUUAUUAAGCUUUUUGUGCAUAAUGUAAACACAUGCUCUCCAAGUACCAUUUCAGUUACCAAAUAUAAAACAAGGAGUCAUUCAAGAACAUUACGCUGAAUAUAAUGUGCACUAUUUCAUCCAUUGCCUGGAUCACUGUCUUUGUUACGGGCAGCCUGUUGACACCGUUGUGUCAAGAUAGCUGGUGUCACGAUCACGGUGGAGGUAUGCAGCGAUCGUGCAGGUAAGGCGAGCAAGCAGCAGGCAGACAGGUCGAGAUCGGGGUAACUCGGGGUUUAAUCAGGGACGAGGGAUUAAAGGACAUCAGGCAGGAACAAAUCAUACAAGAUCCAUGACUAACCGUACAACAACAGUUAGCACAACAAUGACAGACAAGGGGAACAGGUCAGACCAGGACUUAAAUACACAUGGACUAAUCAAAGGAAACGGACAAAGCUGGAGAAAUCAGGGGGCGUGGCACACACGAGGAGCGGACGAGCCGGGCAUGACAGCUGGAGUGUAUGAGGUCAUUUUUACCCCGUCUUCUGGGUCUUUUGGACUGUUUAUAUGUGCUACCUGGCUCCUUCAAAGGUCUUUUGAGGGCUGCCUGUCCAGGGAAGGGAAAGCUGUUGUGGAACUAUUAACAUUAAAGUCCAGUGAGUGGAGUCCAUGGGGAAUGGUUAUGGUCUUUGAGAAAGUGCCCCUAUUCAGAGUGCUCCAUCAUGUUGAAAGAGGGUAGGGAACACACCCAGGUAAAUUUGGAGUUUAUCAUCUCUGUUUUAUAUCAUCGGUUUUAUCUUCUUAUUCAACCUAAUAUUUUUGUACUUUGUGAUUCAAGGACUCAAACAACAUGUAUGUUUUUUUAAUGUAUUUGCCUCGUGAAAUGUACUGACAAGUAUUUCUACAAAUAUACUCUCUUAAAUUUCUGUUCAAUCACAUCUACAAUAACUAUUUAUUUUCUGAAGCAUUGUCUAGUUCUGUAAGUUAAUGUGAAUAAAUGCCUGCAUGUGGGCUGAGUAUGGGCUAGUCACUGCCUUAUUAAGCAGUCUUGUUAGUGCUCUGGAUUUUGUGUGUAAUAUGAGAGGGACAUUUGUAAUGGUUUGGCUCUGUGGGUUACAAUUCAGAUUGCUACUUGUUCAAAUCCCUUGGUCAGCAGAGUAAUGUCACCAUUGGAAAAAGUGUAUCCUAACUGUAAAUAUAAAGAAUUGUUUUAAAUUUAUUUUUCCCCUUUAUUUGUUUAGCUCUCCUGUGAUGAGAUGCAUAUUGUGAUCGGGUGAACUAUGAGUAUGAUAAUGUGACUCCUGCAAUUUGAAGAGAAACAUUGCUGAUUUAUCAUUGUAGAUGUAAUUUCUUUGGGUUGUAUUUUGCAUACACGUUUUUGGCAUUAUGGGCAAUGUGAUGGUAACUGUGUAUAUAAUAGGCCUUCAGUGUUUGCACCCACUGCCGUCUUAUUCCUGUCCAGCUGUACUCUGCACUUGGUUUGGUUACGGCUGUCAAGUUUCCUUUUGAAUAUAUACAUGAUGUUGAAGUCUUAACUGUAUCUGUUAAAUGUUUAUCUGAGACUCUUUGUUGAUGGAUUACUAUAUUAAUAAAUGUACAUAUCAGCUUC